GUUUCUGAACCAUGAGUACUGAAUAUCGUAUUGAAACUGAUUCUUUUGGCGACCUUCAAGUCCCUGCCAAUGUCUAUUGGGGUGCACAAACACAAAGAUCUCUGGAAAACUUUAAAAUUGGUGGCGUUACUGAACGUAUGCCUCCUGCUUUAAUCAAAGCAUUUGGUAUUCUUAAGAAAUGUGCUGCUAAAGUGAACAUGGAAUAUGGGAUGGAUCCCAAGAUCUCAGAAGCCAUUCAGCAAGCUGCUACUGAAGUGAUGGAAGGAAAGCACAAUGAUCAAUUUCCUUUGGUUGUCUGGCAAACAGGAUCUGGUACUCAAACACACAUGAAUGUCAAUGAGGUUAUUUCCAACCGAGCUAUUGAGAUUUUAGGUGGCAAGUUAGGCAGCAAAACACCUGUCCAUCCCAAUGAUCAUGUUAAUAUGUCUCAGUCAUCAAACGAUACUUUCCCUACUGCAAUGCAUAUCGCUGCGGUGGUUGAAAUCAACCAAGAUCUGAUUCCAGCAUUAAAAGAACUUCGUGAUGCAUUACAAGCCAAAUCAGAAGAAUUCCAAGACAUUAUCAAAAUUGGUCGUACUCAUCUCCAAGACGCUACUCCUUUAACACUUGGUCAGGAAUUCAGUGGUUAUGUUCAACAAUUGUCUUAUGGUAUUGAGCGUAUUCAGUCCACCUUACCUCGUUUAUCUCGUUUGGCCCAAGGUGGUACUGCUGUGGGUACUGGCUUAAAUACACAAAAGGGCUUUGAUUGCAAGAUUGCACAAGCUGUUUCUGAAACCACAGGCUAUGCAUUUGAAACAGCCCCCAAUAAAUUUGAAGCAUUGGCUAGUAAUGAUGCGAUGGUGGAAUGCUCUGGUGCCUUAAACACGAUUGCUGUCUCACUGAUGAAGAUUGGUAAUGAUAUUCGUUUCCUCGGAUCAGGCCCUCGUUGUGGUCUUGGUGAAUUGAGUUUGCCUGAGAACGAACCUGGGUCCUCAAUCAUGCCUGGCAAAGUAAACCCUACGCAAUGUGAAGCCUUGACUAUGGUGUGUGCUCAGGUCAUGGGCAAUCAUACUACAGUUACUGUUUCUGGCAGUUUUGGCCAAUUUGAGUUGAAUGUCUUUAAGCCUGUGAUUAUCAAAAAUGUAAUUCAAUCCAUUCAGCUUUUAAGUGACGUUUGUCGAUCUUUCAAGGAUAACUGUGUUGUUGGCAUUGUUGCUAAUCGUGAACAUAUCAAGGAAAUUAUGAACAGAUCUCUCAUGUUGGUCACUUCAUUGAACCCUCAUAUCGGCUAUGAUAAGGCUGCUCAAUGUGCUAAAAAGGCACAUAAAGAAGGCACCACGCUCAAAGAAGCUGUGCUUGCCCUGAACUAUUUAAACUCUGAAGACUAUGAUCGUUUUGUUCGACCUGAACAUAUGAUCAACCCUAAAUAAAGUUUUUUU